AUGCCUUCAUACGUCUGGCUCGCAUGCCUUCUCACAAUCAUCACACACACCACCGCACAAUCAGACAGCGACAGAUGCGAAGGCAACACCACCACCUACCACGACUUCAACCUCACCGUACCCUUCCAAAACCUCUGCGGCAAAGAUAUCGGCGCCAAAGUCGACUUCCUCGAUCCCACCUUCGAAGAAACUUGGUCCGAUUGCAUGGGCCGCUGCGUCAAGAAAGAGCCGCUGUGCUACGGCUUCGAUUUUCGACCUCUCGGCGCAACAGAAUUCGAAAAUUGUUGGCUCAUGAACGCUACGUUCGAUGCGGCGACGGCUGUGUAUCCAGGGUUUGUGAUCGAUGCGGCGAUGUUGGCGCCGGAUCUGGUGGAGGGGUUGGAUCAAGAUUGUGAGACACUUGGGCUGCGAGGGUGCUUCCUGAAGAACGGGAGAUUGGAGAAGGUGAUGGCUUCCACCAACUCAAAGAGUCUUUCCAACGGCGCAAAGGGAGGAAUCGCAGCCGGCAUCGUGGCUUUGGCGGUAUUAGUAGCCCUGAUCAUCGCCUUUGCGACGCAAACAAAGAGCGCGGGGGUAUAG